AUGUUUCCCAAAGCUGCGAAGUACUUAGAGAAUGGUCUUCCUCUCGAGAAAUGGGCAAGGUGCUACUUCAAAGGAGACAAGUAUAACUUGGACACAAGCAACACCUGUGAAUCUAUGAACAGUGUCUUCAAGAAAGCUAGAAAGUAUGCAUUAUUGCCGUUGAUUGAUGCGUAUAUUGAAAAAGUGUCUGAGUGGUUCAACAGGCAUAGGGAAGACAUUGCUGGUGCAUCGUAUUCGAAGAAAUUGGUGCCAUAUGUGGAAAAUCAGUUGCAUAUCCAAUGUGCAAUAGCGACAGCGUUAACUGUGACUGAGCUAAAUGUUCCUGAGCUUGAGUACAGUGUGGUUGGACUUGAUGGGAAGAGCUAUCUGGUCAAUUUGGUAACAAAAAGUUGUGAGUGUCGGAUGUUUGAUAUAGAUAAGAUUCCAUGUGUGCAUGCAAUAGCCGCAACCAUUGCAAUGAUGCGGACGACAUCUAGAAGAAGAGACAUACACAUUUUCGAUUUAUGCUCGAGGUACUACUUGAUUGAUACUUGGGCGUUGGCUUAUUGCCGAACCAUCUAUAUGGUGCCGCAUCAUUCAACUUGGAUUAUUCCUGAGGAGGUUGGAAAUUUAGUUGUUUACCCACCAGACUACACCAAAAAAUCAGGAAGGAAGAAGGAGAAGCGGUUUCCUUCCACCGGAGAAGCUCGCAGGAGUCAGAAGGCCAACCCAAACACAAACAUUGGCCGUUGGUUUGAACCACUAAACCCAAGGCAAGGAGAGGGUGAAGAGGGCGAAGAGGGUGAAGAGGGCGAAGAGGGUUAA